UGGAAGCGGAAUUGCCAUUAAUCCCAGAAAACAAUCCCACUUCCCCUUUCUGCUGCCGGCAGAAAGCUUCCCAGCAGUAAAUAGAGCUCCGGGGAUGUAAGGAGAAAAGGGUGCCGCGGCAAACGGAGUUGUUAAGGCUGGAGGAAGAGGAGGAGAGAAGUAAAGAAGAGAGGGUGGGCCUUAGGGUGGCCAGUGGGCAAGUGGGUGUGAUGCCCCCCUCCAUGCUUUUACUUCUUAUACCCCCUGUGAGGGAGAAGACUUUGGUGCCGAGACGACAAAAGCACAAGAAGAAGAAGAAAGUGGCCGCCAUUCCUGGGAAUAAGACGACAGACAGCAGGUGGUGGCUACUGCAUGACUGCCAUCCACUUGUACUUUGCACCAUGUGACUUCAUGGCUCCCUCUAGAGAUUGUCAAAUAACGCAGGAAAUAAAUCAGCUUUUCUCACUCAUCAUGAAGUCAUAACACAAUUGUCGUCAGUGCACAUAGCAGUGUUGUUGUACAUGUUCCUUUAAACAAGAGGCCCAAAAGAAAUGUACAAAUGGCAUAUCCACUGAUGCCUGAAUGUUUAUUAAGGACACCCAAUAGAUCCCACAUCCGCCUGAUUGCAAUUUAAUAUGCGAUGUUUUCCCCUAACAUUCACUUUAUGUGUAUUUUUAAACACAAGUAAUAAAUCAAUCUAUUUUUUACAAUGAACUAUAUCAGAUUCAUUAUUAGUGGUGGGUAUUGCCAACAAUCGUACGAUACGAUGCGUAUCACGUACAGGGUCACGAUACGUAUCGCAAUAAAUGUAUAUCGUGAUACAUGGCCUUUGAGAAGAUGUGUAUCCCAAUAUUUGACAUUACUUUGCACACCAGGGUGCAGUUUGUGCACCCUUAUUUAUUAUACAGUAAAUCAAGGUUUUGGUCUCAUAGGUUAAGGUCACACUAAAUUAAAGGGUACGACUUCAAUUAUAGUUAACUUACUAAACACUAUAUCUUCACAAACUGCCACAGUGAGGGGACUCUUCGGCUUGGUUUUGAAACAAUAUGUGUAAGGGAAAUUAUAAAAUGUUAAUAGUCCUUAUUUUCUCUUGUCACUAAAGCUGUAUCUGAAGUUUCCUCCUAACUUAUGUCUCAUAGCACAAAACAAAUAAAAGCAAAUCAAGCAAGCGACAGCUUGUAACUCCAAAAACUCGUACGGCUCCCAUCUCGUGUGCAAGCAAUCCAAACAUGUUGCAUAUUUGCAGCGUCAACACUACCGCCAAGUGUGUCACUUCCCUGUAAGGCGGCAGAGAGAGCAGCCGAGUGGAAAAAACGUGUGGUCCCGUCCAUCGUCUCUGUUUGUGCCACUUGAAGGUGGCAUUGCUCCCACCCCAGAGUAUCAGUGCCCGUCGUCCAUUAUGUCUCCAUUAGCCUGCCAAAGCACAUUGUAAAUAGACGUGACAGCGGUGAUGCUGUACAGACUCGUCGCUCAGUCAUGAAUCGCUGCUUAUUAAUGUUACAACAAAACGUAGAAGGGAGAGCUGAGAUGGAAAUCCAAUGGAAUUUCUCUUAAAGCGCCGCCCAUCUUGAUUCCUUUUUGUAUUGGGGAAAUUGGAAGAUGGCGAAAAAUAACGGUCAUUGAUUCCGAGAUUAUUUGUCCAUUGUGUGGAAGGCAAAAACUGUGGCAACCAGCAGAGGCGCUGUUCAUUCACUCAACUUAUUUACUGUCCAAAGAAGACAACGUGACGGCAACUAUUUUAGCAGACAAUUACAAUUUUGCUUUUCUUGUGACCGAAAACCUUUUUCUCAUAACCUUAGAAAUGUUUGCCAAAUAUUUUAAAACCUAGCUCCCAUGACAAAAAAAAAAAAAAAAUCCUGUCAACUUUUGCUCUACAAUAACUUGAAUCCCAUUAAAUUAAGGCAUUUUUCCCCACAUCAUAAGUGGAAAAACACAUCUCUCUGAGUAGAACUGUUAUUAAAAUGAGAAGGGUUGUUCCAUCGAUAAAUCCAUUUCAAAUUGUUGGCCGAUGAUGUGUAUUGUUAGACAGUCAAAAAAGAACAAAGUCCGGUGGUUGUUUGAUAGGAGCAUGCAUGGCGUGUUCCAUGCUCAACCUCCUGCUAUUGUCGUGCGGACUCUCACUCCCUUCCUCAGACUCAGGACUUCUUUGUGAUUCACUUCCAGUAAAGCUCAUCAGCUUGAUGCAAGCCGCCGUAGCGACGCUCCAACAUUGUGGACACAAGUACAAAAAAAAAACAAGAUUCAAUUAGAUGAGUCUUCUCUGACUAAAAUAUUGGCAAACCUUACUGACCAAUGUACAGCUGCCAUGGGAUCACUGACCUUUCACGUCUUAUUUGUUUCCUUUAAUUAUCAAAUCUUUAAUCUCAAGUAACUUUCAUUGACUUGUUUUUUUUCCACGCGCGUGUUCCUACUCCUCCUCUGUCUGUGAUGUUGCAAUGGAAAGCCCAACACUUGCCAAUUGCCAUAUAUAAGCCUGAUGGAGAGUGGAGGGAGGGAGUGUGGCCACAUGGUCAUGGUCAUUUAGACCUUCUCUCUCUCACACACAUAAGCGGAGUCAGCGUGGUCAGCUGCCUCCAUCAAAGCCUUGUAGGGCGGAAUAAACAGUGGACUGCUAGAAAUGGAAAGUGAGGGCUCACAAAGAGGAGGAACGGUGUGCUCUUGGCGCCCGUGAGCCGCGAUGGGAGACUGGAGCUUCUUGGGGAACGUCCUGGAGGAGGUCCAGGAGCACUCCACGUCGGUCGGCAAGGUGUGGCUCACCGUGCUCUUCAUCUUCCGUAUCCUGGUGCUGGGCACGGCGGCCGAGUCGUCGUGGGGCGACGAGCAGAGCGACUUCCUGUGUGACACGCAGCAGCCCGGUUGCACCAAUGUCUGCUACGACCGCGCCUUCCCCAUCGCACACAUCCGCUACUGGGUGCUGCAGAUCGUUUUCGUGUCCACGCCGUCGCUCAUCUACAUGGGCCACGCCGUGCACACGGUGCGAGCCGAGGAGAAGCGGAGGCGGCGGGAGCAGGAGGAGAGGGAGGCCAGAUCGCAGGAGGGCGAGGAAGAGAUGGAGGGUGAGAAGGAGUACCUGCAGCAGAAGGAGAAGGUGAUAGAGUCGGGGGCGGACGGGCGGAGCCGGCUGCGCCUCAGGGGUCCGCUCCUCCAUACGUACAUCCUCAGCAUCCUCAUCCGCAGUGCCAUGGAGGUCAUCUUCGUCACCAUACAGUAUAUGAUCUACGGGGUGUUCCUCAAGGCACUGUACCUGUGCACGGCGUCGCCCUGCCCGAACCCGGUCAACUGCUACAUGUCGCGGCCCACAGAGAAGAACAUCUUCAUCGUCUUCAUGCUGGUGGUGGCCGCCGUGUCCCUGGCGCUGUCCGUGCUCGAGCUCUACUACCUGGGCUGGAAGAGCCUGAGAGCCUGCCUUCAGCGUAAGGCCGCGCGCCGCACCCUGCCUGCCGUGACGCCAAUGGCGCUGGAGCCUGACGGCCCGGUCGCCCCACGCACCCCGCCUCCCGAAUUUAGCCGCUGCGUCAACCCCCUGACCUCCAUGGCGCCCGUUCCCUUCAGCAACAGGAUGGCGCUGCAGCAGAACUCGGCCAAUAUGGCGGCCGAGCGCCACCACAGCAGGGACAACUUGGAGGACCAUGAGGACUUUCUUCAGAGAUACCAGGGGACACCGCCGCCCCAGGGGCUUUCCAAUAACUGCCACCCUAUGCCCGCACUGUACACUGGGGACAAACGUCGUCUGAGCAAGACGAGCGGGAGCAGUGGGCGAGUACGACAUGACGACCUGGCCAUUUAAACACUGGACCCUCAGGAACCACUUUGAACUAUAGACAACAUGCGGGGUAACACAACAGACACUUGACGUUUGCACUUGAAUAGUUUUUAUAGUGGGCAGGGAGCGCUACGGUAGACUAUUUCAUCGCAAGGAAGUUCUUGUGUAAAUUUACACAACAGUCGGUCGGGCAGAAGUGCUGAACAGCUCGCCCACAGUCACAUUUACAGAAACAAAGAAUUGACUUUGUUGUUUAAUUUUGCACUUGAUGGUCGAGUAGGCACUCCAAAGACUUCUCUACUGUAUUUUUAAGGUAUGCCUUAAUGAGAGUCAUGUGAUGUAUUACUUCAUAUGUUCAUAUAUGAAAAAUCACGUCAUCUAAAAUUGUAUGAAAAUGUUCACGUGAGAAGUCCCUUUCAGAGGCCCCACGCGGACGCCUGCUAUUUUAUAUAUGGCCACCAGGUGGCAAGAUUGCACUUAUUACGUUUAUCCCUUGUCUCUGUCUUUUGUGUUGAGAAUACGUACGUCUCUAUGCUUUUUUUUUUUUAAUGUUCACAAGUGAUUUUUAUUUCCUUUAUUCGUAUUUUGCAAUAUUAUGCAGUAUGCUUGGACAAAUGAUCAAUUCAUUAGCUUUUUCAGACUAAUGUUUCAAUAUAAUUUUUGGUUUUAGAGUAUUACAGCAACAAUCCAUUCAUCCAUCUGUAUAUCCAUAUGCAUUCUCAUAUAUAUAUAUCAAUUCACUGCAGUUUUUCCCUCAAUAAAUGAUCAAGUUUGUUUACUA